AUGACCACCAGAAACAUAUUUUAUACCAUGACCACCAUUAUGUAUUUGACCUCCAAGGUGCGUAACACUUUGUGUCAUACCACCAAGAUUACUCACACCAUUAACUCAUUACCCAUUGCACCCGCUACACCAUUCACAGCCCCACCUACACCCUUAGCUACACCACUCACAGCUUCACCUAAACCUCCAGCUAUACCACCCACAGCUUCACCUAAACCUCCAGCUACACCACCCACAGCUUCACCUAAACCUCCAGCUAUACCACCAACAGCUCCACCUACACCUUUAGCUACACCAUCCACAACUCCACCUAAACCUCCAGCUAUACCACCAACAGUUCCACCUAUACCUUUAGCUACACCACUCACAGCUCCAUCUAAACCUCCAGCUAUACCACCAACAGCUCCACCUAUACCUUUAGCUACACCACUCACAACUCCACCUACACCUCCAGUUAAACCUCCCACAGCUCCACCUACACCUUUAGCUACACCAUCCACAACUCCACCUAAACCUCCAGCUAAACCACCCACGCCCGCACCUAAACCUUCAGCUAAACCACCCACAGCUCCACCUAAACCUCCAGCUAUACCACUCACAGCUCCACCUACACCUUUAGCUACACCAUCCACAACUCCACCUAAACCUCCAGCUAUACCACCCAAAGCUCCACCUACACCUUUACCUACACCAUCCACAACUCCACCUAAACCUCCUGCUAUACCACCAACAGCUCCACCUACACCUUUAGCUAAACCACUUACAGCUCCACCUAAACCUCCAGCUAUAUCAUCAACAGCUCCACCUACACCUCCAGCUAAGCCCCCCACAGCUCCCCCUACACCUUUAGCUGCACCACUUACAGCUCCACCUAAACCUCCAGCUAAACCACCCACGCCUGCACCUAAACCUCCAGCUAAACCACCCACACCUGCACCUAAACCUCCAGCUAAACCACCCACAGCUCCACCUAAACCUCCAGCUAUACCACUCACAGCUCCACCUACACCUUUAGCUACACCACUUACAGCUCCACCUAAACCUCCAGCUAAACCACCCACGCCUGCACCUAAACCUCCAGCUAAACCACCCAUGCCUGAACCUAAACCUCCAGCUAAACCGCCCACACCUGCACCUAAACCUCCAGCUAAACCACCCACAGCUCCACCUAAUCCUCCAGCUAUACCACUCACAGCUCCACCUACACCUUUAGCUACACCACUUACAGCUCCACCUACACCUUUAGCUACACCACUUACAGCUCCACCGAAACCUCCAGCUAAACCACCCACGCCUGCACCUAAACCUCCAGCUAAACCACCCACGCCUGCACCUAAACCUCCAGCUAAACCACCCACGCCUGCACCUAAACCUCCAGCUAAACCACCCACGCCUGAACCUAAACCUCCAGCUAAACCACCCACGCCUGCACCUAAACCUCCAGCUAAACCACCCACAGCUCCACCUAAACCUCCAGCUAUACCACUCACAGCUCCACCUACACCUUUAGCUACACCACUUACAGCUCCACCUAAACCUCCAGUUAAACCACCCACGCCUGCACCUAAACCUCCAGCUAAACCACCCAUGCCUGAACCUAAACCUCCAGCUAAACCACCCACACCUGCACCUAAACCUCCAGCUAAACCACCCACAGCUCCACCUAAACCUCCAGCUAUACCACUCACAGCUCCCCCUACACCUUUAGCUACACCACUUACAGCUCCACCUAAACCUCCAGCUAAACCACCCACACCUGCACCUAAACCUCCAGCUAAACCACCCACGCCUGCACCUAAACCUCCAGCUAAUCCACCCACGCCUGCACCUAAACCUCCAGCUAAUCCACCCACGCCUGCACCUAAACCUCCAGCUAAUCCACCCACGCCUGAACCUAAACCUCCAGCUAAACCACCCACAGCUCCACCUAAACCUCCAGCUAUACCACUCACAGCUCCACCUAAACCUCCAGUUACACCACCCACAGCUCCACCUACACCUUUCGCUACACCACUCACAGCUCCACCUACACCUUCAGCUAAACCGCCCACAACUCCACCCAAACCUCCAGCUACACUACCCACAGUGUCACCCACACCUUUAAAUAUAUUACCAGCAAGUCCCCCUACAGUUUUGCCAAGUCCACCGAGAAUACCACCAGCACCUUUUACAAGGUUGCCAAUUGCAUCACCAAUUACACCUACAACAUCCUUUACUAUGUUUACUACAAUUUCAAGACUUCCACCCUGUAAAAAGAAAAACAUGUCAUAA